UCCCCUUCCUCUCUCCCUCUUUCUAAAACAGAGCCCCAAAUCUUUAGAGAGAGAAGCGCUUUCCCGAGAAAUGAACCAAAAUCCGAGAUAGUAAUCGGAGGAAAAGAAAAAAAAAAGGAUUGAGUUGUUCUCGGUAUCCAAACAGAAAAUAGCUUUCCUCUCUAAAUCAUGUCUCACUUUGUUUUCCACACAGCUCAAAUCCCAACCACCACAAGCUCCGCCAAGACCUUACCGUUAAAGCCGAGUCUCCCUCCGAUUCCCCAACUUUGCCCGCGCCAUCAGCUGCCGUUUGCCCAGCUGGUGACCUGUAAGUUGCGGAGGAAUCUUAUCAUUAAGUGCUCGUCUCCUUCUGUAAUCGAUGGUAGCGAUUCCAUUGCAGCUUUGGAGCGGUGCUUUCUGGCCCCGGAUGCUGCACCCGGGGAUUUAGGUUUAGCGUCGAGGUCAAGAGGGGAGUUUGGACCAGUUAUGAAGGGGAAGUACGGUGCGUUUGGUGCAGUUACUUUGGAGAAAGGGAAACUCGAUUUGUCGCAGAAGGAGUCCAAAGUUAGCCCUGAGGUUGCACUUGGAGGAGGUGGUGGAGAUAUUGGAAAGAAAAUUAAUCACGGUGGUGGUGAUGGAGGUGACGAUGAUGGUGACGAUGAUGAUUAUUUUGAUGACUUUGAUGAUGGUGAUGAGGGAGAUGAGGGAGGACUAUUCAGGAGAAGGAAAUUUCUUGAAGAGCUUUUUGAUCGAAAAUUUGUAGAUGCUGUUUUGAAUGAGUGGCAGAAAACAAUGAUGGAUUUGCCUGCUGGAUUCCGACAAGCAUAUGAGAUGGGUUUGGUCAGCUCAGCUCAAAUGGUAAAGUUCCUAGCAAUAAAUGCCAGACCAACCACUACUAGGAUGAUCUCCAGAGCACUUCCUCAAGCAAUUUCUAGGGCAUUUAUUGGGAGGAUGCUUGCAGAUCCUGCCUUUUUGUAUAGGCUUCUUUUAGAGCAGGCUGCUACAAUUGGUUGCUCUGUUUGGUGGGAGGUGAAAAAUCGCAAGGACAGGAUAAAACAGGAAUGGGAUCUGGCACUUGUAAAUGUUCUCACAGCAACAGCUUGCAAUGCCAUUGUCGUUUGGACACUUGCUCCUUGCCGUUCGUAUGGAAACACAUUCCGGUUUGAUUUGCAAAAUACCUUACAAAAGCUGCCAAACAAUAUAUUUGAAAAGAGUUACCCACUUAGAGAAUUUGACUUGCAAAAGAGAGUCCACUCAUUCUUCUAUAAAGCUGCAGAGUUAUGUGUGGUUGGAUUAGGUGCAGGGGCAAUACAAGGUCAAUUGUCGAAUUUCUUGGCCAGUAAAAAGAAAGAUAGAUUAUCUGUGACAGUCCCACCUGUGACUAACUAUGCACGUGGCUAUGGUGCUUUUCUUGGACUUUAUGCAAACUUGAGAUACCAGCUAUUAUGUGGAUUUGAUAGAGCAGUGGUCAACCAUUUUGAUGUAAUUGGAGUUGCACUAUUUUUCAGCACAGCUUUCAGAAUUUUGAACGUGCAAGUUGGAGAGACAUCAAGGCUGGCCUGGAUAGGCGCAGAGGCAGAUCCUCUAGUUCAGUCAGAUAACCUCUUGAAGGCUUACAACAGACCCUCUGAGGAUGUUGCUACAACAUCAUCAUCUUCAAAAUGGUUUAUAUCGAAGAAAACCCUUGUUUCUGGGCUAGGGCUUCUGGGCAUCAAACAAGGAAAUGCCGAUUCUGUCGAUGGCGAAGCACCAUCAGCUCCGAAGGCUAGAAGGAAGAGGGUGGUCCGGAAGAAAGUGUCUGCAAGCUAAGCAUAACUCAGUUGAUGUAAUUGCCAUCAUCAUCCAAUUUUGCAACCUCUUAAACAAUAAAAAACAAUGCAUCAAAUUGAGGAUUAAGAACUGCUCGGAGUAAAUUCAUCAAGCUUCCUGUGCAUAAAUCUGCAAAGGAGUUUUAAGAUGAUGACGCCAUAGCCACUGUCAGCUGAAGAAUUUUUUGGAAAAUAUAUGUUGAUUUCUUGUGCUCAUUUUGUUUGUUGUAGUACAGAAUUUCAAGUUUAAUCUCUACAAUGAUAAUGACUAAACUAGUUUAAUUUUUGGGUUAA